GUGCGUCAGGACCUGACGGUGGACGACCCUGGAGCGCCCCCUGUGGAGCGUUUGUCUCACAGGGUUAAAUGGAGCGUCCUGACGGAGGCGGGGCCUCGCACCGUCCUCGUGGCUCUGGAGGGAAAAGUCCAGGUCUCUGAGGACUUCGUGGACCGGGCCAGUCUGCCAGAGUACCCCCCGCCCCCCUCCGCCGGCCCCCUGGACGUGUCCCUGCUCCUGUCGUCUCUGCGUCGCUCGGACUCGGGGGUUUACAGGUGUGAGGUGCAGAGAGGCAUAGAGGAUCAUCACCAAGACGUCACCGUCAACGUCACCGGGGUGGUGUUCCAUUACCGAGCCGCUGGGGGGCGCUAUAACCUGACGUUUGAAGAGGCUCGGGUGGCGUGUUCGGAGAACGGCGCCACCAUCGCCUCAGCGGAGCAACUGCACGCCGAGUUUGAGGACGGGUUCCACCAGUGCGACGCGGGAUGGCUCUCCGACCAAACCGUCCGGUAUCCGAUCCACGAGCCGAGGGAGGAAUGUUUCGGAGACAAACUCAACGUUCCCGGAGUCCGAACGUACGGACGAAGAGACGCCAACGAGACCUACGACGUCUACUGCCUCACGUCCAGCAUGACCGGUGUGGUGUUCUUGUACCGACCCGGGGGCAGAUAUUCUCUGAUGUUCUCGGAGGCUCAGGAGGCGUGUCUCAGAGCCGGAGCUCGGAUCGCAACCGGACCAGAACUUUACGCCGCCUUCAAGACCGGACUGCACCAGUGCGACGCCGGCUGGGUCCAGGACCAGACCGUCAGGUACCCGGUGGUGUUCCCCAGAGCGGCCUGUGGGGGCGAUGUUCCUGGAGUCCGGACUUACGGCCUGAGACCAGCGGACGAGACCUGGGACGUGUACUGCUACAGCCACACCAGCAGGGGUGAAGUGUUCCCUCUAGCGACCUCUGCUGGUUGGUCGUACUCGGAGGCGUCGGAGGCGUGCGCCGCUCGGGGGGCGGAGCUAUCGUCCGUGGCCGACCUGUACGUGGCGUGGAGGCGGGGCUUGGACUGGUGCAGAGCGGGCUGGCUGUCCGACGGGUCCGUGCGUUAUCCAAUCAGCCGUCCCCGGGCGCAGUGCGGGGGCGGAGCUACGGGAGUACACGCCGUUUACAUCAACGACGACCAGAGCGGAAACCCCAGUCACAGUACACGCUUCGACGCCUUCUGUACCCGAGUGAAGUCGUCCAGUGAGACAGAGUACGUCACCACCACAGAUACUUCAGAUACUUUUACUACAAAUACUACAGAUACUUCAUAUACUCCUACUGCGCCCCCUGCUGUGGUGGAGGUGGAGGAGGCUGUGAACAUGACGAGCUCCACGCACCUGUCCAGACCAGCUCCGUCCCCGAUCCCGGCCCCGGACCACCUGGAGACCUCAGGAUCAGGUUCUGGGUCUGGACUUGAAUCCGGGUCAGGUCCAGUCCCCGGGUCUGGUCUUGGGUCCGGCUCUGGUGUGGACCUGGUUUUCUCGGGCUCAGAGUCUGUCCUGGUCCAGUCCGGGUCUGGUUCUGGUUCUGGGGGUCCACAGGAGGCUGGAGGAGAGGGGAGCGCCACACUGAUCCUGCCCGGCCCCGAGGCUCCGUUCUCUGGGGAGAGCAGCGGCGGUGAGGGCCUCUCUGGCUCUGGAGCGGCUGGAGACGUCAGUGGAGGUUCAUUCUCCGGCUUCAGGGACGUCUCAGGGUCUGGAGAAGAUCUGCAGGAGGCCUCAGGGGUCCUGAUGUUCGGCUCUGGACUCGGGUCUGGUUCUGGGUCUGGUCUGGGUCUGGACUCGGGUCUGGACUUGGCUCUGGACUUGGGUCUGGUUCUGGGUCUGGUUCUGGGUCUGGACUCAGAUUUGGUUCCUGGAAGGUUCAUUGAUCGGGACCAGAGCCGCUCCGGGGGCCCCUCCCUGGGCUCCGGGGGCCCCUCCCUGGGCUCGCGCCCACAGAGGGCCCACCCUGCCCGGGGACAAGAGCGGCCGGUGUCCCUGGAGCGGGCGGAGUCACGGGAGACGCCCAGACGUUCCUGUCCGGAGUCCUGGUCCUGGUUUUCUGGACACUGUUACCUGCUGCAGUCAGAGAGACUCACCUGGGCGGAGGCGGAGCUUAACUGCAGAGACCUGGAGGCUCACCUGGUCAGCAUCAACUCACCUGAGGAACAGCGCUUUGUGUCAGAUCUGGGUCGGGUUUAUCAGUGGAUCGGACUCAACGACCGAGAAGAAGAAGGAAACUUCACCUGGACGGACGGAUCUGCUCAGGAGUUUGCUCAGUGGCGCCCCCAUCAGCCCGACUCGUACGCGGGUCCAGACGAGGACUGUGUGGUUCUGAUCUGGGACCAGAGCGGAGACUGGAACGACGUCCCCUGCACCUACCACCUGCCCUCCACCUGCGAGAAACCAGGAGCGGCUCGUGGUCGGUGAGCGCCCCC